AUGGACGGCUGCGAUCGGGUGUUGUGGACCUGUGCGAUCUGGUCGCUCUGUAACAGCAUCCCUUUUCUCAUUCAAAACUAUCGCCAAUUUAUUGCAGGAGGUGGGGACCAAUCAUGCUCACAGCGUUGGUUGGAGUCAAACAUAUUGACACGGCGAGACUGGAUCAUUCGGUUGUCAAAAUCUGGUGACGUCAUUGGUCGAGGCACCAGUUCCUGGGUGAUGAUGAAUUCCAACACACGUCGUUUGGCUCGAAUUCCGUCUGACGUGUGGGAGGAGAUUAUUGUUCACUGCCCUAAUCCUUCCCUGUAA